ACAGAUCCAGAUUCUAAAGUGUUCCUGAAGUCCAUUCGAACAUUCAACUCAUGCUUUUAAAUGACAUCGUUUGGAGCAACAGAAAUUGUUCAAAAUACUAAUGCAAAUGGUCAACAAUACAAUUCUACAUUUAAAAUCAGAGGCCAAGUUUAUCAUAAAAUAGGCUCAUUGCUGCCAAUGCCAAACGAACCACAUAAAUUUUUACAAAUCUACUUUAUGGGCGGCGAGGACUCCGGAAGUGCACUAGCCAAUCGGGUGGAUGCAUAUUAUGGCUACAAUAACCUUGAUUCAUUCUUUGCUAGACGCAUCGUCAGCGAGCUGGAUGCUCUAUUGAAUGAGCAUAAUGAAUUGUUGAAAAUAUUCAAAUCCCACAUGCACAAAUUAGAAAGCGAUAAUCACGCUAUUGUUAUUAAUCCUGAUAAAACACCAGCUCGAGAACACAUUCGUAGAUUCAAUGCACCUAUUGCUGACGACGUUGCUGGAAUCAUGGUUGGCGAUCGUACAGGUGCACGAGAAAUUGUGAUUCGUAGGAAAAAUAAUAAUCUUCAGUUCAUUGCUGAUACACACCGUUCAUAUAACGCUCUCCAAUAUCCGCUAAUCUUCUGGAAGGGACAAGACAAAUAUAGCAUAAAUAUUAAACAACGAGAUCCCGUAUCAGGAGCCGAAACAAACAAGAACGUUAGCUCGAAGGAUUAUUAUGCGUAUAGAUUGAUGAUUAGACGCGGGCUGGAUAACGUCAUUCUACGAUUUCGAGAGCUUUGUCAACAAUUCAUGGUCGACAUGUACGCGAAGAUAGAAGGCGAACGUCUACGAUACUUAUGAUAUAAUCAACUCAAGCUACGUGUGGAAGAGUACAUUUACUUGCGAGAGGCUAUUGUCAACAACGCCGACGCCGCCGAAAUUGGUAACUCUGUCAUUCUACCAUCAUCGUACGUAGGCAGUCCACGUCAUAUGCAAGAGUAUAUACAGGAUGCUCUGACUUUCGUGCACGAAUAUGGGUGACCGUAAUUAUUUAUCACGUUCACAUGUAAUCCAAAAUAGCCAGAGAUUACAUCUUUGCUGUUGCCUGGCCAAAAUGCAAUACAUCGCCUCAAGGCGUUUGAUUUGAAUCAAUUGGGGCAUACAUCAACUGGUGAGCCUUGCUUGCGGGGUAUCCAUUGUUUUGUUUGAGCCCAUGUGAAAUAGCGUGGUACUUGUGAAUAGAGUAAAGUACGUGCAAAGGCACCAAAAUCAUCCGCACGAUUACACAAUUCAAAAAAUUCAGUGAGUGUAGUUUUUGGUGGAUUUAUAGCACGAUCAAUCGCUGUCUCGUUCGUGAAAUAUACACGCUGACCAUUUUCAAGAUGAACGGCUAACUGAACAACUGCUGGAUCCCGUUCAUGAAUUGGAAAACCAAAGAUACGCCAAACAGCUUCAUUGGAGCUGAUGUACCGACCUAUUUGGUAAAGCGUUAUUUCAUCGUUUUUAUUUUCUGGAGGAGCAUUCACAUUGGUAUUUUCCACUCUCAAUACCGCUAUGUCACUGCCUUUAUGGACAUACUUGCAAAUGUAUUUGAUGCUCUUCACAGAACUGCAGAACUCAACAUUAAUAUGAGCAUUGUAUGUUUUGCUCAGCAGGGGUGAAUAUGGCA